AUGCCCAGCGAGGGAAGGCGGAGGGAAGGAUUUCUGCUAGGAGAGGUGAGGCAAGAAGAGACCUUUAGCAUUAGCGAUUCGCAGAUCAGCAACACUGAAUUUCUACAAGUGAUUGAAAUCCAUAACCAUGAGCCUUGUUCAAAACUCUUUAGCUUUUAUGACUAUGCAGGCAAGGUUAAUGAGGAGAGUUUGGACAGAAUUCUUAAAGACCGAAGAAAAAACGUUAUUGGAUGGUACAGAUUUAGGAGAAACACUCAACAGCAGAUGUCAUAUAGAGAGCACAUCAUUCAUAAACAGCUGACACACAUUCUUGGAGUGCCUGAUCUUGUCUUCCUUCUCUUCAGCUUCAUUUCCACUGCAAAUAACUCAACGCAUGCUUUAGAAUAUGUGCUUUUUAGACCAAACCGAAGGUAUAAUCAAAGGGUGUCACUUACUAUUCCUAACCUAGGCAACACUAGUCAACAGGAAUACAAAGUUUCUUCAGUGCCAAAUACUUCUCAGAAUUAUGCCAAAGUUAUUAAGGAACACGGUACUGAUUUUUUUGACAAAGAUGGAGUCAUGAAGGACAUCAGGGCUAUAUAUCAGGUUUAUAAUGCACUUCAGGAAAAAGUACAGGCAGUAUGUAUAGAUGUAGAAAAAAGUGAACGUGUUGUUGAGUCUUUUCAAGCUGAUGUAAACAAGUUAAAAAGGCAAAUCGCACAAAAGAAAAAUGAAAAAGAACAAGAAAUAAGAAUGCAGCAAGCAAUUUUAAGCAGGCAAAUGCCGACAGAUAACCUGGAACCUAUGUUUGUUCCACGAAUGUCCUACACUGGAUUUGCUGUGGAAGGCUGCACGCUUGAAGAUUCCGACGUCUCUGAUCCUCCCCCUCCGUAUUCCGAUUUCAAUUCAACCGAUCAAGAAAGUACUGUCGGUCACGGCCUCCUAGAGAGCAGUGUUUUUAUGCCUCGACCUCAAGCAGUAGGUUCUUCCAGUUAUGUUUCCACAAACGCAGGAUUGAAAUAUUCUGGUAAUGGAGCAUCCAUGCCAUCUUCCCAAAGAGCAGUUGGUGACAAUGUUGACGAAUCAGAAGACAGUGAUUAUGAAAACUUGCUCGAACCUACGGAGUCAUCUGACAGUGAAUACUCACAGACAAGGGAUUCACGACCUUCAGCGCAUCCUGAUGGUGAUUCCAGGAACACUCAAACUUCUCAGAUUUGAUAGGGGGGGAAAAAACAAAACAAACACGACACUGUUUUUUCAUCGUUGUUACAGAGAGACUUUGGGGAUUCAACCUGGAGGAAAUGGACUACACAGGAUUGCUGUGCACACGAAAUGUAGAAGACUUGCACUAGAUGGUUUAUUCACCUUGUGAUACAUUUUGCAAGUUUUAUAAUGGAAUCAUUAGGAUAAUCAAGUUGUACUAAUACUGAUGAGGUUCAUGGAUGUACUGGUAAACUUAGGCAAAAUGACAUUUAUAGAGAUCUUGUAGCUUUUGUUGCUGUAUUUUCUUUAAGACAAUAAAUUGGGAUGUAGUAACUAAGCACAGUUAGUCUACAAAUAAUGUUCUCAAAUCAAAACUUACCUCUUGCACUAUCAUGCCUUGAAUUUUAAUUUUUGAAAGGGAAUAAAUAUAUCAGCCGCCUUCAAAAUAGCUUUCUAUGGUAAGCCAAAUUGGCCUUUGCAAGCAAAGAAAUUUUGAUAAUGCUGAGAAGCCUGAUU